AUGCCCACACACACCACUAUUGCCAUUAAUCAUAUGCUCACUUUCAUUCUCCAAAACAGCUGUUUCUUAAUGAUCAUGUCUCUAGAGUUUCAACAACAAAUGGAUGAAACAAAUGGGUUAAGCGCGUGGAAUGGAUACGUAGAUUGGCGAAAUAGACCAGCUUUGCGUGGCUGCCAUGGCGGUAUGCUUGCUGCCUCAUUCGUCUUGGCUGUGGAAGUGUUGGAGAAUCUUGCGUUUUUAGCAAACGCGAGCAAUCUAGUGUUGUAUCUGUCAACAAAGAUGGGGUUUUCGCCGUCAGGAGCCGCAAACGCCGGCUUAUUGGUACUGACGGUCCAAGCCCACGAGCACUCCACAGAGCCAUGGGCUCGUGUGGUUCUAUUCGUGGGUCUAUAUUUAGUAGCUCUCGGCGUGGGAGGUAUAAAAGGCUCGUUGCCACCUCACGGAGCUGAACAGUUUGACGAAACAACACCGAGUGGGAGGAGACAAAGAUCCUUCUUCUUCAACUACUUCAUCUUCAGCCUCUCGUGCGGUGCCUUAAUAGCCGUCACGGUCGUGGUCUGGCUCGAAGACAACAAAGGCUGGUCUUAUGGGUUCGGUAUUUCCACGGCUGCUAUCUUGAUCUCGGUUCCGGUUUUCUUGGCCGGUUCUCGCUUUUAUCGCCUCAAGGUUCCUAGUGGAAGUCCCAUCACGACUCUUUUCAAGGUCUUGACCGCUGCUUUCUACGCUAAGUACAGGAGAAGAACUUCAAGAAACGUUUUUACGUGUCCUACGACAAACGAUUGUGAUGACAACGCAAACAAGGGAAAUUGCGAUAAAGAUGACGAACCUCUUGGCUCUUUCCUCAGCGAAGCCGUGAGAAAGCGUGAAUCCCUACCUCGACGGCUCCAUUGCACGGAGGAACAAGUAGAAGACGUGAAGAUAGUCAUCAAGAUUUUACCCAUUUUCAUGUCGACCAUAAUGCUAAACUGCUGUCUAGCUCAGCUCUCGACGUUUUCCGUCCAACAAGCUUCGACGAUGAACACAAAGCUCGGGUCAUUAACCGUGCCACCGGCGGCGUUACCCGUUUUCCCAGUGGUCUUCACAAUGAUCUUAGCUCCGACCUACAACCACCUCCUCCUUCCUCUCGCUAGAAAAACAACCAAAACCGAAACCGGCGUAACCCAUCUCCAACGCAUUGGAACAGGGCUUUUCCUUUCUGUAGUCGCAAUGGCGGUUGCAGCCUUAGUAGAAACCAAACGCAAGCUCGUCGUCACAGAGGUUGCUUGCUGUUCAAGCGACAACGCUUUAUAUUCUUCUUCUUCUUCGCCGCUUCCUAUAACGUUUCUUUGGAUAGCUCUGCAAUAUGUGUUUCUCGGAUCAGCCGAUCUCUUCACUUUAGCCGGUAUGAUGGAGUUUUUCUUCACCGAAGCUCCUUCUACGAUGCGCUCCCUUGCGACCUCGCUCUCUUGGACGUCUCUAGCGAUGGGAUAUUACUUGAGCUCUGUUCUCGUCUCGGCUGUUAACUUCGCCACAGGCUUGAACCAACACACUCCAUGGCUUUUGGGGAAGAAUCUAAACGAGUACCAUCUCGAUAGGUUUUACUGGCUCAUGUGUGUGCUUAGUGGGAUUAAUUUCUUGCAUUAUCUCUUUUGGGCUACCCGCUAUGCGUACCGGCCCAACCAAGGCUAG